CUUCAACCCGAUUCUCCAGGUUAUUUUCAUUUUCCUGGAUCACAUAAGGGUUGUGCUUCUUGUCGCUAAGCGAAGAUUUUCAAAUUUUGGGGUCAUACUACAGAUUGGAUGGGAGGUUGAUUUAUCUUUCUUCUUUUUUUCUCUCAAUUUAAUCAUAAAGUUUACGAUGAGCGAGGUAUUUGAAAGUUACGAGCGCCAGUAUUGCGAGCUCUCUGCGAAUUUAUCGAAGAAGACCUCUUCGGUUAGUUAUCUUGAUGGAGAGCAACAGAAGCAAAAGAUUUCUGAAGUAAGAGGUGGACUGGAUGAGGCUGAAGCUUUGAUACGUAAGAUGGACCUUGAGGCCCGUGGUUUGCAGCCAAACAUUAAGGCAGUGCUUCUUGCCAAGCUGAGAGAGUAUAAAUCUGAUCUGAACAAUUUGAAAAACGAAGUAAAGCGAAUUGCAUCAAUGAACUUAAACCAGGCUGCCCGGGAUGAGUUGCUGGAGGCAGGGAUGGCUGACACAUUGACGGCAUCAGCAAACCAAAGGGACAGAUUGUUAAUGUCAACUGAAAGAUUGAACAAUUCCGGCAACAGGAUCAGUGAAAGUAGAAAGGUCAUGCUGGAGACAGAAGAGCUUGGUGUGUCACUUCUUCAGGAUUUACACCAACAACGUCAGUCUCUCUUACAUGCUAAUAACACGCUACAUGGUGUGGAUGACAACAUAAGCAGGAGCAAGCGAGUUAUAACUUCUAUAUCAAGGAGGAUGAGCCGAAACAAGUGGAUUAUUGGUGCUAUAAUUUCAGUACUGGUUCUUGUUAUCCUCUUGAUCUUGUAUUUCAAACUUGCUAAAUGACCAAAAGAACCACAUAAUUUUGAGGAACAGUUUAGUGAGUUUCUUCUUUUUGUUAUGUUCGUUAAUUUAAUUAACUCGAGGGUCCAGACACUCUCAUUUGAUGUGACUUUAAAAUUUUGAAUAGUUACGAUUCUACUAUUUAUUAGUA